AUGUCUGAUACCGAACACGACCUGGUUGCUCUGGAUACCACAAUUGAGGCGCAGGAGCUUGAGAAGAUCUUUGAGGUGUUUGAGACGGCCGCCAAAGAGGCCAAAGAGACCGGCGACUUCUUGUCGUAUUCUACCAUUCUAGACAUGUACUUAAGCGAGCCUGAACGGUAUCGUAUGGAAGAAAGAGACCAGAUCUUGGGUCACUUGCGUAAGACUUUGGAUGCUGAUCACGAUUUGGUUUAUGAGAUUGGCUGGGACUUGCCGGCUUUGGUGCUUCCAUUUGUGGAGUCCAACUAUGGGUUUGACGGUGCUCUUAGAAAUGCUCCAUGUGUGUAUAACGUGUGCAAAAUCUUUGAGGUUUUGGCCCACCAUGGAAACCUGAAGGAAUUGUUUCUUAAGAGUACUGAGCUUUUGAGCUCUUUGCGUGAAAACGAUGCUCGUACUGAUGAUGAUCUCCGCAGAAAGAAGUUUUACGAUGUGAAGCUUUACUGUAUCUUUGAGUUGGUCGAUAGUUGCUUGCGCCGUAUCCAUACGCUUUAUCCGUCCCGUUUCUUGGGAAUGACCGUGGCCAGUUUCAUCAACUCGCUACAUGGCAAUCCUGUGGCUGAUAUUGAAGAGGCUGACUUCAGGUGGAAGAGAGUCUACAGCUUUGCAAGGAACUACCAAAGACCUCCUCUUCCAGAGAAGAUCGAAGUUUCUGCUGAGGAACUUGAGAAGAUCAAUAACGACGAGGACUACUUGCAGCGUAAAUUGUUGACUGGGUUUGUCACUGAGGCUGUUAAUUUGGUCACCAAACGUACGGUCGUUGGCUAUGCUACUGACUUCUUCAACCAUCUCCAAUGUUUGAGUAGGGACCCUGAAUCAGAGCACCAGCUCGAACUACCGGUUCUCGAUCGUCUCGUGGAAUUGGCCUUGUCUUUUGAUGUCGACUUGACUGCUCAUUUCAGAGAAAUCCUAGAUGAGAGCAAUGACUUGGUGGAUCCUCUGGAGUUGGUUGGCCAAGAUGACGAGGAAAAACAUGGCCACUUGUUUGAGAAGUUGGUUGUCAGCUACCAGAAGAGUAUUGUUGGUUCUUUGGUCAGUAGUGAAGCAAAGGCCGUACAUGAUUCAUCAGCUGGUAUCUUGGUACUUUUCACCCAUGCUGUUGGUCCUACUCGAAACAUGUCGAAAGUCACCGUCACAAUCAGCGAGGCUGUGGCUCUCACUCUUCGAUUGGUGGUGCCAGGUAUGAUUCACACCACCUUCUUCAACAGAGGCUUCACGGACGUGGCUGUGUUCUGGUCGUGGUACGCGAUUCAUCAGGCAAGCGUUGACAAGAGAAGCCUUUCAUUGGAGCUCUCAAAGAUCCCAUCGCUCAUACUUCUGGCCUACUUCCAAGCCUUGUUGUUCAUCUUGAUCUCUAGUCGUGAAUCGCCUAACUUGAGAUUUGUGGUUCUCACCCUUUUAACUAAGGUUCUUGCCCAUGCUCCUGAGGAAACAAGUUAUGCCUUCUUGAUCGACUCGUUGAACGACUGUCCUUACGAGAACCUCAAAACCGCUUUGGUGGGCGUCUUUAAAGAGUUAGUUACCAAGGAAAAGACCGACCUUUGCGACUUGUCAAGAAACUUGAGCGAGACUACCAUCACAAGUUCUGAGGAAAGCUCCAAGCCAAAGCCUCCUCCUCUCCCGAAGAGAAACAGUUCCAGAAGUACCAGAUUCAUUACCUUGACUGACAAGAGAAUCAAGGAACUACAAGAUGUCAUUCAUAAGACCAUUGACCGUACGUUCGAGUCCGAAGAAGGAACUACGACCGUCAAUAAAGAGUCUUGCAGCACGCUAAUCGCCCUCCUCAGUCUCCAACAUGUCCUUCAAAAGUCAAACCUUGUCCAAGACGAGACUGACGGAUUAGUCAAAACCUUGAAGGAGAAGGUUCUGAAUCUCGAGAAAAGCGAAGACCCUACUUCUGCCAACAUGGCUGGCAUCUUGAAUAUCUCUCUUGAGCGUCUUUCUAGUUAG